CCACUAAUGACUAAUCUAAUGCUUCCUUUCCCGCACGUCUCUCUCUCUCUGGUCUUCACUCUUUUUUAAAAUCGGAUUUCAGAUGGUGGGCUGGGCUUCUCCUCCUCCUUAUUAUCAUCGCUCUUCUCUCCCAGCUGGGUUUGUUCUCGAUUCCUUACAAAUGUCAAACUCUAUGCCCGCCAAUCGCCAUCUCUAUUUGUCAAUUGUUGACGAAACAAUAAUAAUAACCUUCUGGUUUUCCCCAGUUCAAUAACAAACAAACAAUAGCAAAGCGAAGAAAUAAGGAAGGAAAGAGAAGAUAGGAAAGGAGAGAUGUAAUGACAGCUCCGAACAUGGCUGCCAUCACUGCGUCCCUCGAGUGCUCCUUCCACAACUAUUCCCUCAAUCACCACCACCACAACACCGCCGCCGCCACCGAGAGAUCCUCCAGCUCCGAUGAGACCGACGCGCCCGAUCAUCGUCGUCAUCAGCAGCAGCGCCAGAAUCCUCAUCUCUCAGCUCUUCAUUCUCCGUCGUCAUCGAACAACAACAACUACGACGCCGCCGUGGAGCUCAACUCCCAUGUCUCCCUCCCUUACCACUGGGAGCAAUGCCUCGAUUUGAAGACAGGGGAGGUAUACUACAUAAACUGGAGGAAUGGGAUGAGGGCAAAUGAGGAUCCAAGGAUAGCACAAGGCUACAUGAACGGAGAAUACUACUACUCGGAUGAGGAUGAUGAUGAAGACGGUAGCUCCUCAUAUAACAGCGACGAGUCAUCAUCAGAGUCGUCUCCUUCAUCAUCAAGAGACCAUUACAACAAUAGCAGUAAGGUGGAGAAAGAAGGUAACAACAAUGUGUUAGUCGUUGAUGGAUGCCAGAGAUGCCUAAUGUACUUCAUGGUCCCUAAACAGGUUGAGGAUUGCCCCAAAUGCAGUGGCCGUCUCCUUCACUUUGAUAGAUCUGAUAGCAAUGGCUCUCCUUGAAUAAUUAGAUAUCUGGAUCAAAUAUUUUUUGUUCGCUUCUUCUUCAUUUUUUUGGUAUCCCGAGAUGAGGUUUCUCUCAGCUUUUUGCUUCUUUCCAGAAUGAAAAAUAAUUGGAAAAUAUCAAGAAAAGAAAGGAAGGAAACUCAUUUGUGCUUUGAUAGAUUUUGUGCUGUGGAAUGAUCAUGAAAUGCGUGACCAAUGGCUGGGUGAUUAGUUUAGUGUAAAAUUAUGGGGCUCUCCUUUUAUUCUUUAGUUGCAUUCUUAAUCAUAUUUGGUGCUCCUUUCCAUGCUUUUUCUCUCCUUUGUUAGGGGUCGUUUGGUACCUUGAUUUAUGUGAUUGUUUGGUUGAGAUUCUUACAAUAGUUGUAUGGUUUACAAUUCAUCGAUUUCUGAUUUUUUAUACACACAAUAUAUGUAUUGUUUACUUGAUAUGAUAGAAACAAUCAUUC